CACCUUAUUUCAUUUCAGUCUUCUUAACAUGGACAUACAAUGUACGUGUAUUGUACAUAAAAACACUUUGUACCAUACUUUAAAUAAUAAGUGAGUUCUGCUUCUAUACUGCUGAACGAAAAGAAAAAAACACGUAGGGCUUUAAGUGUAUACUCGGCUACACUUUUUUCUGUCAUUUAUUGUAAACUGGUCAGAAAAUACGGACAGCAUGUGACUGACGGAAUACUGAACAACUAGCCAAAGAAAAAAUAUAUAUGAGUGGACACCAUUUUUCUUAGUGUUGGUAAAUGCAAAAUGAAAUAAAUUCAGAGUUGCACUAUUUUGUCAUUUUCUAACUUAUCCAUUACACUGUUUGGUUUUUUCAUUCAUAGUUUAUCUAGAUAGUAUAAUACUCAUAUUAUCUGUCUAUAUGUGUGUAAAGUCAUAAGAUGGAUUCUGAGAAAUACUAUUUCUCUAAAAUCGAACUUUAUGAUCCAAAUGAAAUUACAAACUAUGGAAUACAAAAACAAUUCCAACGAAAGAAGAGGAGAAAACUGGCAAAACUCGAGAGAGAAGGAAUAUUUAUCGGCAAAGACCCUAUAAAUUUGUUGAAAAAAGCUACCAAGAUCUCCGAAUCAGCUUCCAGUAACUCAGAUAUAACAUCCAACGAUCUGAUACGCAAGAAGUGGAGGAUCGCAUCCCUUAAAGCUCAAGGUGUGAAGGUUAAAGAUGACAUAUCACUGCUUAAAAAAUCAGCUAAAAAAGUACAAAAACUCAAGAGGAAAAGUGCUAAAAAUUGGAAAAAACGCACAGAAGCCACUGAACAAAAGAUGCGUGAGAAACAAAUGAAAAGAACAGCAAAUAUCCAAGCAAGAAGGACGAAGAAGCUUUCGAAAAAAAUUCGUAAAGCUCGUGAUAGAGGGAGAAUUUUUACUACAUCUGAGUGACAUUUAGUUGUAAAUAAUAAAAACUAUUUUUCUAUUCACGUGUUCCUAUUCUAAAUAAAUUUAUACGGUUAAGCCAAGUGGCAGCGUACCAACAGCUCAAUUCAGAUCGGUUUAAAACCUUCUAGCUGCCUAGAAUAGAUUCAGUAGCUAUAUCAGGUUCAUAAAAGCAUCC